GUUGGCUGCCCGAAAUAAAAUAGCGCAACGUAAAAGAAAGCGCCCUCGGGGAGUCGGGGUAGUUGUACAAUACUUCUCCUUACAUUCUAAACAAGUGUACUCUAAAUACUGUACGUGUGUGUUUCAGUUUCAUCAUUUUCUCACAUCACCUACCCUUUCAUUUGCUCUCCAGAAUCUCAGCAAACAGUUGGCAGAUUAAUAUGAUUAUGGAAGCAUUGGUGGGUAGUGGAGCAAUCAACCCUUUUUAUGCUAAUUGUAGGAGAUUUCAAAACCAUCUAUAUUUCCCAAAGCUUGUUUCUGUGAAAUAUUCAGCUACUAGUAAGUCUAGGUUCUUGAAUUUGGUGGUUUCUGCUUCGUUUGAAUCUGCUCAACCCUCUACGAUGGAUCGUUUCGACAAUACUUUGCCAUCGAAAGAGGUUCUAGAGAUUUGGCGGAGUGCAGAUGCUGUAUGCUUUGAUGUUGAUAGUACAGUGUGUUUGGACGAGGGCAUUGAUGAACUUGCAGAAUUUUGUGGUGCUGGCAAGGCUGUUGCUGAAUGGACUGCUAGGGCAAUGAACGGGUCUGUUCCUUUCGAGGAAGCAUUAGCUGCUAGGCUUUCUCUCUUUAAUCCUUCCUUGCGCCAAGUACAAGAUUUUCUUGAGACAAGGCCACCAAAGAUUUCCCCAGGCAUAGCUGAAUUGGUUAGUAAGCUGAGGAAUAAUGAUACCAAUGUAUAUUUGAUCUCUGGAGGCUUUCGGCAAAUGAUUAAUCCCGUUGCAUCAAUUCUUGGAAUACCACAAGAGAACAUCUUUGCUAAUCAGCUGCUAUUUGGAAGUGCUGGGGAGUUUCUGGGAUUCGAUAAAGAUGAACCAACUUCAAGAAGUGGUGGAAAAGCAACUGCUGUACAACAGCUAAAAAAGGCUCAUAAUUACAAAGCACUAGUCAUGAUUGGAGAUGGUGCCACUGAUCUUGAGGCUCGUCAACCUGGAGGUGCUGAUUUGUACAUAUGCUAUGCUGGAGUUCAAUUACGAGAGGCUGUGGCAGCAGAAGCUAAUUGGCUUGUGUUUAAUUUUAGAGACUUGAUAGAUUCUUUGGAGUAACCUCACUUACCUGUAUUGUUCACUUCUUUACUUUCCUCGGUCAUUAUUUUGUUUGGUGUGUAGCACCUACAUAUCUGUUAUAUUCACGCUAUGCUAGGAAAAUCAUCUGUAUUUGAUUUGCUUUGUUUCCCAGCGUACAAUUUUGAAUGAGUAACAAUAAAGACCUUUGGCUUUUCUCAA